GAGUUUACACACGCGCACACCCACACACACACAGACACACACGCACGCACGCACGCACGCACACACACACACACACACACACACACACACACACGUGGCAUACAUACCCUUCCCCCGUCUGUCUGACUAAGAUGCAUUAUUCAUAUCGAGGCAGGGUGCUGGGGUAUGAGUGACAAUGAGAUGUAGGGGGCUUAUUAAACAUAGGCAUCCGUGUGAGUGGCCUUGGAGAGAUUAGAUACUCUGAUUAAUGGUGUCUUUCACAGAUGUGAAACAUGCAGCCACCAAUGACAGCCUGUUGAAUAGGAACCCCGGUACUGUUCAUGUGGCGGAACAAUGAGAGUAGCAGUUACAAUACCAAGGUGUACCAAGAAAUAUUGUGCUACCUACACGUACUGUAUGUCGUGACUGAGGUAUUUCUGCUUGGUAUUCAUUUCUUUUGUUUUACCUUCCACUUGUUGCGGAUAAUACUGAGUUUGUACAAGUGGCUCACUUUUAUGUCUUCUCUCGCAUAAUAGUGUACGUACCUCCACAAGUCUGUGCAUUUGAAUGUCACACUGCGUUUUAAAGUUGGAAUCUGAGGCGGUGAAACUGCUACGUCAUUGCAAGUGCGAUAGAACAGCAGAGUACGUACUAUGAUAUAUAUUUUUUGUACUCCUCUACCCUGUUUCAAAAACAAAACAAUAACAAAUGCGACCAGUGGCGCUGUGGAUCUCAGCUUUGAAAGGAUAGUUCACCCAAAUUACAAAAUGACUUAUUGGUUACCUUACCCUAUAAGCAGUCUAUGGACAAGGGCUGACAGCAAUCCAUGCUUUGGUUUUGUUUAACUGGCCACUGUUUCAAAUGCUAACUGUUUAGCAUUUGGGGCACAAAUCCAAUUCAUAAGUUAACAUUUGAAAAAGUGCAAGGGAAAACAAAACCAAAGCAUGUAUUGUGGUCAUACCUUGUCCAUAGACUGCUGACAGGGUAAGGACACCAACAUGUGAUUUAGUCAUGUGGGUGAACUAUGCCUUUAAUGUCAUGUAUAUACUCAGGUGUAGAGGGAAUAGGGAUAUUUCAUCCUUGGUUUGUCGACAGUGUCUUUGCCUCGUUGCUCCUGUAGGAUUAGAUCUACACACCCAGAACACAUUCUCUAUCUAGAUCUAUUUGAUAAAGAUGUGUGGUCUAGGCUAGCACUCUCUCUCUAGGGAACCAGAUCACAGAAGGAAAUCAGUAAGAGGGGACUUUUUAGGUUUUCUCUGAUGGUGUUGAAACACAGGUUGUACGUACACACAGGGUUUGUUGGUGGCAGGAAAAUGCAAUGGUUUCCAGUGACCAAUAUUCAUGUUUUGCAAAGUUAACUUAACCCUAUUCCCACAAGGCAUAUGCUACGUAGGGUUUCUUUAUUAUAGAUAACUGCGUGCUUCUACAUAUGUGCAGGCCUUUUGGUUUCCCCAAAGUCCCUAAAGACUUAAUUAGUUUACUUUUCACCGUGAUAAUCUUUCAAGCAUGAAACCGAAUUGAGAAACUCGCUCUCAUUUUAAUAUCAGUGCCCCCAAGCUGCCUUCCGUCUCUCGCUCUCUCAUACAUCCAUUUCCCUCUCUCCCCAUCUCACUUGCCUUAUUUCCUUCUGUCAACUAUAGUUUCCUGCAACUAGUAUAAAAAAUAAAAAAAACACAAACUAAGUUGGUCUAAAGUCAAUUCCACUGUCAACGAUAAUCCCCUUUUUCCUCUCAACCCAUAAUGCAAUAGCAGUGGGCGCUUCAGCUUUUCCACUUACAUCCUGUCCAGUGCAAUCUCUUAUCUCCCUAAUUACGCAACACUGAUUAACGAACAAAAUCAUGAUCCACCACUGCAGUCCAGUGUCCAAUCUGGGUCUUCACGAUUGUAUAAAAAGCAAAUGUAGAGUAAACUCUAGUAUAAUUUGUCAACGUGGUGGGUUAUUUGAGAGGGUCCCCUAGUUGUCAUAACAACAGAAAACAUGAGGCCCCGGCACUGAUCCCAUGACAGGGUUAAUGAAAAUGAAGGCGUCCUUUCUGGCACAACAGUUAACAGGGAAGCUCUCCAACAGGGAUCAAGUGUCAGCUGGCCAGGCAGGUAGGUACAGUAAGCCUAAGGACAAGGUAUCACAAGGGACUGUGAGGAUAGGACGGACUCAGAGGGUUUGAGGGAUUGCUUAGGGAUUGCAUGUGUGGUGACAAAAAUGCUUUCUCCCCCCUUUGCUCUGUAAAGUGGAUCAGCAAGGCUUUGGGUUGAGUGCUGUGGUAACAGCAGGUAGAUAGAAUGUGGUUGGGGAAAAAUGGCUUUAGUUCCACAAUUGUACAUGUAAAUUGUGCUUUGAGGACAAUCCGUGGGUGCAUUUCUCGCUCAAGGCAGAAUGCCUUGCUUUUGUCAGUUUCUUUCAUGCUUUUUUCUCAAGGGCAAUUAAUCAUUUAUUUUCAUUUUUGUGAGUGGCAGACAAUGUGUUGUUCUAAUAAUCUUUUCAAAGUGUGAAUAUUUUUACCAGUCUGUUUCCCAUGUCCACCCAUGGUUUAUGUUUCUAAGAGUCCCGGUCCUCUCGUGACAAUUAUCAGGUCCUCUCAGUGAGGGGGGACAGUGUGACAGGAGGCUACAGAGGCGUAAGUGACAUUUUGGGCGAGUUUCACAGCAGUUGCGUGGUCACUCUGGCAGCGUCGGCACCGGCAACAGAUUAGUGUCCAAUCAGAGUGGAUUUGAUGUUUCCUGACAGCACAUGAGACAGCAGUGAGAACUGUAUUCAUUUCAAUUACCCGCCUGCCUGCCUUCCCCCUCCCUGAGGGAUACUAGCGGUGUGGUGUGAAUCUCCUCUUGCUCAAUGAACGAGACCCAGCCGGCCCUGCAACUCAUUGACGACCCAAUCAAGUGAUCAGUCCAAGGUAAGUGUCCCGGGCAACGGAUGUGGAUGAAGGUGUGCCCCCUCGUAAAUGGGCAGAAUAAUCAGAGAUAUGUUUUAUCUGGUUCACGUGACGUCACGAUGGGCAGUGGAAUUAAUCAGGCUUUAUAUAGACGGUAAUCCCUCAUAGCAAUCGCCAGAGCGACUAAAGUGUCCCAGAGUAGGGGAAGGAUAAAACCCUACUGGAUUAUUACAAGCCCCUGCCUACGACCCUCUCCCAUCCCACCCCCUCUAAUAUUCCCUCCUUUCUAGUUUUUUCCUCCUCUCACCGUGUCGGGUAGCCUACACAGUUGGUGGCCAGCACAAGCACGGACCCUGUCAUUGUGGUUCAGUGGAGUAGCUGCUGCUGCCUUUGCAACAGUUGCACAGUAUGUGUGUGUGGUGUCCUCUAUCCCUUCUCACCACCAGCAAUAAUAUUUCCAGAGAUUAAUUAUUCAAGGAUUGCCUGUCAAGGGGGAGCUACCUGAUAGCAAGGACCUCAGGAGAGCCAAAAACCUUACAGCUGGAUAUCAGGUGAAACGAUACACCCCACUGCUUCAUCUCUUUCUCCUCCUCCUCCGUCCUCCCUCCUUCAUUUCCACUCUUUUGAUGUAAAGUGUAACUGAACACUUGAAAGAAAACACCAACUACUCCUGCUUGUUUUUUUUCCUCUGUAAAGCUGUCUUCUGUUUUUUUCUCUCCAAUGCUCGUCACCAGCAAGCAGUUGAAUAUCGGUCGCUCCCACAGUUGGGACACCCUGGGGGGGAAUGAGGGGCAGUGGGCCGGGGGAGAAAGCGUUUACGACCACCAAGGCAGGAUUGCGGGCCGACGGAACUCGCUGUCUUACAGGGGAGACAGAGGAGGUUACUACGAGCCACCCCCUGGGGUGCGCCCUCCUGACCUGGAUCUGAAACGAGACCCCUACUCCUACCAGGACUCUCUGUACAGCCAGCAGGGCUACGCUGCUGAUCCCCGGGAAAUGAGAAAGGGCUCAGUCCCUGAGCUAAACCACUACGACCGUCCAACCAUGGCUCAUAGUCACCAAGGAUCCGUCGUCUUACAGGAAUAUUAUCCCCAUGACCCUGCUAUGGCUCCCCGACCACCGGAGGAUCCCCGGGGCUUCUACCGGGUGGAGCAGCAGCCACAGCAGCCACAGCCUCACCCGCUUAACAGAUCCCCGUCCCACUAUGGGAUGAACCCAGUGGGACGGCUGCCAUGGGACCAGGGACAGGGAGGGAGGCCCGGACCUCCGGGUCCUUCAUCGGCUUCUCCUCUUCCUCCUCCCCCUCCUCCGCCAACUGCCCAUGGCAUGAACCAGGUUUACAGUCAGCCUGCAGCUGUAGCUGCCGCUGCCAAGAUGAUGCCAGAUGGCCAGCGCUCUCCUGCUCACUAUGGGAUGGAACAACCAUCUUCGCCUCGGUACGCAUCUGAGCCACCCCCUCUAGCUGGACAGCCGGUCUACACCGACAUCAACGGCCGUCCCCUGGACAAUCGGCAGCAGCAGCCCGCAGCCACCUGCCUGGUGGUGGACCCUAACACUCAGGGACUGGACGGGAGCAUGCAACAGCGAGGUAUGAUGAUGAGGCAGGAUUGCACCUCGCCCUACGGAGUACAACAACAGCCUCCACAGACCAACAUGCAGAUCUACAACCCCAACCCUCCUCUCGCCGCCCCUGCUCUUGCCCCUCUUCCUCCCCCACCAGCCCCUGUAGCCCUCCCCCCUCCACCUCCCACAGCCCCCCAGACGCCUGCAGACCCAAAGAGGAACGCCGACCCAGAGUUCCUGGCUCUGCUUCGCAAUGAGGGUCUCUCAGAGAGUACCAUCUCCUCACUCAUCCAGCAGGGCUUUGACACAACCGGUAUGCUGGCAGUCAUGGAAGAGAAUGACGUGCGCUCUGUGGCUCCCAAUUUAGGGCAGGCGCGGGUGCUGUCGCGGGUAGCCAUCAGUGUCAAGAGGCCCUUGGAGCCUACACCUACGACCCAGCAACAGGCCCCCAUGCGGGGCCGCUCCAACAGUUUCAGCCACCGCUCUGACAUGUACCUCCAACAGCAGCAGCAACAGCAGCACCAACAUCAGCAGCAGGCCAUGGCAAUGGGCAUGGAUCCACGGCUGAUGCCACCACAGACCCCUGGUGUCAUGCAGACCAUCUCCCCCGCAAUGGCCGAGGCCAUGGCCAGGAGGCCCAACAGCGCUCCCUCUCAGCACCUCCUAGAAACCACCCAGGGCUACCCAGGACCUCGUACCCCGGGGCCCUACAGUGGCGCCAUGGUCCCUGUCCAGUCCCGGCCCGUGUCUGCAUACUCCCAACACCCGGGUGUGCCUAUGCAUCCGGGCAUACAGAUGAUGGCUGCCAUGCCCCAGCACCAGCAGAUGUCAGGGGCUGCAAUGCAAGCCAUGCAACAACAGCAGAUGCCAGUGUCCAUGCCUGCCCUGCCGCCACCUCAGCAGGCCCCGAAGGCAUACUCCACCAACUACACAGUGCCCAUGGAGUUGAUGAAGCGGGACCGCAGCCUGCAACCCAUGUCGCCCAUGCACAGCCCCCACCUCAGCCCUCAGAUGAUGCGCAAGGCUGGGGGCACCCCGUCUGAUGGCGCCAUGAUGCCCGUGGGUACCACCAUGCAGAGCCAGAGUGCUAUGGCCGCCAACCAGAAGCUUAGCCGCCGUACCGGCCCACCUGUCAUCGUCUCCACCAUGGCAUCACCAGAUACAAGUAAAGCACACUUUUAUCCCUUCUGCAUUCCCUCCUCUUCCUUCGCUCCCCUAGUCUCUUGGCUGUAGUGCAUUCAUUGGUUACUAAAGGAGCCAUUCUUCAUUGCAUUCUUGUUGCAGUUAUUGCGUUUUCUCUAUUUGAAAUGAGGGCUUGGUUAUAUAAUCAUUCACUCUGUACUGUAGCUAAGACAACAAUUAGGUAUUGUGGUUUUUCAAUACGAUUCAUUCUUUUAUACCCUUCCUUGUCAGGAUAGCCUUGACGUGUGGAUAACCCCUUUCUCAAAGAAUAGUUGAAUACGUGAGGCUACGACACUGCUCACUUUAUGACACCUAUUUGGCAUGAAUCGAAUACAGGAUACUGUUUUGCAGUGCUCUUAAACCAAGAGCUGAAAUGGGCCAUUUAUCUGGUUCCCACUCAACGUUCAAGUGUUGUAGAUACUUUUCCGGUGGAUUGAGAUGAAUUGAUCUCUUUGCUGCUUUCACAUAAUUUGAGUCUGUUGGCUGUGUGCAGCUCAGCAUGUUGCUAACCUGUGGAUGUGUAUUGUAUUGACAAUGGAUAAGCAUCUCAACUUGAUGUUUCAUAUAAAGGCUACCAUAUUUUAUGUGAAUAGCUUGAGUUAUAUCCAUAUUCUGUGUUUUUUGGGGGGAGGGUAUGACUGGCUUUAACCCAUGCCCUAGUUAUCUAUAGUCAGAGUGCCUGUUGAAAAGCUCUGAGAGUACUUUCCUCUUUCUGAGUGAUGUGUUUUAGACUCUCACGUGUCAACUGUCAGCCAUCUUUGCACACUUUACGACUCUUGCUGUCGUCUGUAUUGUUUCAUGCUAGUAUUUGUCACACGCAAUGGUUUUGAUGACCAAGGUGGAGUGUGGGAGUGGGGUAAGGACUGGGUGAUGUGGUACGGUGUGUGCUGUCGUCAGCAGCAACGCUGCUUUUGAAGCAUGAACAUUCCAUGUCUGUAGCUGUCUUUGUCCAACCAAUCUGGGUGGGCAGUAUUUCAUGGUCACUGUUAAACGUGGGAGACAGUGGGAGAAUUGGAGCCAUGAGUUUAUGCGUGCAUGUGUGCGUGUGGUGUGUGUCUGUCUGUCUGUGUGAGUGAGUUUUUGCUUAGGAGCUGUAUUCCCUUCACCUCAUCCGAAGGCAUUUGGAGCUUGUCCACACAGUGCAAGGGCAAACUUGUUAAAUCUGCCAUAAUCUACAGGCCUGGUGGGUUGGUGGGCUGGUGGGUUGUGUAAGAGUGGUCGCAGUUUACAGCAUCAUCCUGCUUAUCGUUUUAUUUCAGCAAAUAUUUCUCUGCAAUGUAGAGGAGAGCCGUAAUGGCCACGCACCACCUCUCCCCCCAGCCCCUACUGUAGUAAACAUGACGGUCUUGUUGCAUCAUGGUAUUGAGAUACAUUGGAGUGGUCUGGAGCAGUAGGCUGGGUGUUGUGUUGCAUACACUUUGCCCUGUUCAGGUGCAGCAGUGACCAUUGUAGGGAAUGAAAAGGAAUUAUGUGGAAAAUGAACUACAUUGUUAAAUGUAUCUCUCUAAUAAUGUUGGUGAUACAGAAAUGUGGAAGAUGGGAGAAAUUACCAGCACAGGCUAUGAUUUCAACAAGUGUGAUUCAUCAUCAAAGCUGUUUGAUUAAAAAUGAAUAUGAAGAGAUAGCUGCUGUGAGCUGUGCCUGUUUUAUUUCUACCGGUUGGUUGGCAUCCUAGCUGUGCUGCUGAAAUCAACUGAAUGUGCCGAUCAACAAUUGUGUCUUUUCUCUGAGUGACUGUAAUGAGAAGAGAGAGGGUUUAAUCCUGUAGAUCCUCCUUUUACAACACUGCUAAUCCACAGAUUCACUCAGUUCUCUCUGGACUAGGCUGGCAUCCAUGGAUUCCCCCAGUUCUGGAGCCAUGGGCUAUGACAGCUCCACUACAGUUUGAGAACAAAUGGAUUUAUGAAAGCUGUCUAGUCUCAGGAAAAAGUAUGGUGCUUCUUCUGUUCAUGUCAAAAGGACCCUUUCUGUUUAGCUAGCUUUCUCUGCUGUAAAAAUCUGCAGCCAUGACACUAGCUCAAGUUAAACACGCUCAGCACAACAAAUUAAUGUGCAUGAGGCUGACAUUUGUUGCAAUGGUAAUUUCAUCUGUUAAUGGACGGCCUGCAAAGCCUCUCUGAAAGCAUAUUUCUUAAUUGUGUGUUGCUAGGCAACGGGGGUUUUGGUCAUAAUCACAGAAAGAUUACCUUCUCGGUUAGGGAGUGGAGGAAAGGUUUCACUGGAGUGGGGACAUUUGCAUUUAAUGGCACUUUCUUGAAAAAAGGGUGCUUGAGUGAAUGCUGUAGCUCAGUUGGUAGAGCAUGGCAUUUGCAAUGUCAGGGUUGUGGGUUCAAAUCCUGUGGGGGACCAGUAUGAAAAAACUAGGGAAAUGAAUGCAGUCACUACUGUAAGUUGCUUUAGAUAAGAGUGUCUGCAAAGUGACUUAAAUGUAAAUAAUCAUGAGGUUUUAGUCACCUCGUGAAAUAUGACCAAGAAGCAAUACUGAUUUAUAUAAUUUUGCAUUGUAGAAAUCAUCAGGUUCAACAGUUAUUUUGGUUGCAUGGAGUAUGUCAAUCUGAGUAGGAUUUCUGACAUUUGACAACAUGAUAUAUGGAAUAUCUCAACCGUUUGAGAUAUUCUGCUCAACCGUCUUCAUAAUCCAUAAUUAGUAAACCUACAUAAAUAAUUAGAUGUGAUAUAUCAAUAGGCUCAAUCAGUUCAUUAGUAUCACCCUUAGCGAAGCAAGACUUUUCCUCCCCAUUAAUUAUGCCCUUAAAUUAUUUAGUUGCCAAUAUUUGGUGCUAUGGGAAGUCCCAUCGUGUAAAGGUCCAUAUAUGGUCAUAUGGUCAUUCCAGACAUCACCCAUCUUUAUCAUGCCCAUAUAUGGCUGAGUGGCACCUCCUCUUCCUUAGUUCCUCCCUGGGAGUGCUUCCACUCAGACUCCACACAGCGUGAUGCCAGUCCAGGUCAGUAUUCGCGUGACAAACUAGACGCUCUUCCAUAGUGUGAUGGGCAUUAUGAUCUGUGGUGCAGUUGAUUCUCUAGAUGGUAGAUUAUAUUUUGAAAUGAGUUCAGUAUUUAGAUCCACACACAGUGGUUCCAGUGAAGGAUUAAGAAGCAUUGAGUCAGUGUGCAUUAGGCUAGAUAUUGUAUACUGCCUGGUGAUGGAGGAGGGGCUUUGUGAUGGCGUAGUCAGCCAUCAGUUAAGGAUGGGGUCGCCUUGGUGAUGAGAUGAGGCUGUCAGCAGGGCCCACCCCCUGUCUGAGGGUAAAGCUCCAGGUGUAAUCUUGGCUGGAGGUCAAAAGUGAUGGUCUUUAUCAUGCCUUUCAGUGAGUCCUCCCUGGAGAGGUUGUGUAGUGGGUAAACUUUAGUUCCCAUGAUAGACAAGUGCCUGACUUUGCACCGAUUACACAGCCUUGGGUACAUGGCGACAUUAACACGUUCUAGAUAUUGUGUGCGCGUUGUGAAUAACUUCAGACAGUCAUGUCGAGUUGUGUCUUUUUGGAACCUACAAGUACAGCAUUUCCUUGUAAUGUGAAAGACUUAUCCAUCAGGGACGUUUGCCCUUCAAACACUAGAGCUGCGUGCAUUCUUGAGAUAGACAUAUAUAUUAUUGAGUAAAUGAGUGUAUAUGAGGAGAAAAAAGGGGUAAUUGAAAGGUCAAAAGGGUGAGAAAGUAGGAGGAAAGUAGAGUACUCCCAAGCAAAUGUUUUUUUUGUCAAUUGUCCUCAUCACAAAUGGUCAACUGGUAAUAUAAAGACAAUCUCUCUAUCUACCUAUUGUGGCUCUGCCUCGCACUACGAUUACAUCUACAAAGUGCAAAUAUUCUCUAUCGCUCACCCUCUCUUUCGAUUUGUCUGCAGAAAUAAGGAACAUGAAUGCAACACAAGAAACAUCAGAACGAUAGACAAAUGUUUCUAUAUUGCUUCUACGUACUCAGCUCUGCACAUUCAUUCAUAACUGUGGUUUGGAGUUGUGCAGAGGGAGAGAGAGAGAGAGAUUAGAUGAGCGGAAAUUCCCAUUAUGCCAUCUGUAAAUGUGGCAAUCAGUAGUUGAAACUAUAUAGAAGCGCCCUCCCCGCCAUUGUUUGGGUAAAAAGCUGAGGGAUGGGGCUGGAGAAAUGUGACCACUCAAAUUAAUAGACAGAGCUAUGGAUGCAAGGACUGACUAUCCAUGGUAUCAAAAUAAUAGUUGUAACCAUUUUUUGAGGCUAUAUAGUGUUUAUCUAUAUUUACUUUGUUUUCGAACAUCCAAGUAUAACAAUCUUAUAUUUUGGUUCUGACGGGGCACGAUAGUUGAACUAAGACAUUUCUAAGUCAUAUCCUUCAAGAAUCAAUGGGUACAUAUCAUUCAUUUAUUAGUCCCAAAAUGUAUGUAGCAACUGCAGAUUGUCCCUUUAAAGGGUGAGGACAGGAGGAAAUGGGGAGGGAGAGGAGAAUACAGUACACACCCCAUGGUUGGGUAAUCCCAUAGAAAUGAAUGAAGAGAUUAUAAUCCCUCACAUCCAAAUUCUACAUGCAAUAGAAAAGGCUGUAACUAGACAUAGCAUUUAACGUUAUAAUCUGAUGGUCAACCUUUUAAUUGAGCUAUUUUGUAAUAUCAUUUAUUCCAUAGAUGAUCUAUCGGAAUUAUACAGUAUGGUUUGCUAUCUGAGAUAGUGUGAGGACGGCUGGGGACAGACGGUGUGCGUGAGCUAGAGAGAGAGACUGAGGGGGAGAGAGAAAGAGUUAGAGUAUGAAAAUUAAAGGGGAAUGAAAGGAAAGAAUGGGAACAAUAAAUUGGAAGCUGUAUCUGACCUCAUUCCUCCUCCCUCUCUUUCACACUCCCUCUCUUCUACCUCUCUUUUACUCUACCUCUCUGCCAAGCAGCAGGUCACAUUUAAUAAUUCAUCUAGAGAAAAUGAAAACUUCAUGGGUAUUAAAUUACUGAGCAGAAGUGGCUGCACUAACCUUAUUUUCUCCAGAUGAGAAUAUAUGGAAAUAUAGAAGCUUUGCAGGAGAGAAAUUCUCACUAAGCUGGCUGGCUGUGUUUUACCAGAGGGAGGACAUCUUGGAAGGGGAAUCUCAUUGUCUGUGUGGCUGUACAGUAGUAGCUGUAAGGGAACAGCCCUUCAAGGUUAGGAGUCCUGCUCUCCACCUCAACAUGUGUCCCUACUCUCUCUGUGCCUAUUCCUAUUCUAUCAGGUCUUUUAUGUUGAUUUUAUACCUUAAGGUAUCUAUCUGACAAAGGUAGUUAUGCGAUCUGAUAAUAACGUGCCUAGAUGUGAUAGCUUUGUGAAGUUAGAAUGUCUCGCUGUCAAGUUUUAUUCAACUUCUAAACCUUACGAGAGGGAUUUCACGUGUGAUUCAAUCAGUGGUGGAAAAAAUACCCAAAAGUAUAGAUACCUUAAUAGAAGGUUACUCCCUGUAAAAGUGAAAGUCACCAAGUAAUAUUUGGUUCUAAAUAUACUUAAGAAUCAAAAGUAAAUGUAACUGCUAAAAUAUACUUAAGUACCAAAAGUAAAAGUAGAAGUAUGAAUAAUUUCAGAUUCCUUAUAUUAAGGAAAGCAGAUGGCACCAUGUUCUUGUUUUUAAAAUGUACGGAAAGCCAGGUGCACACUCCCACACUCAGACAUCAUUUACAAACGAUGCAUUUGUGUUUAGUGAGGGAUAAUGUAUUAAGUAAAAAGUACAUUAUUUUCUUUAGGAAUGUAGUAAAGUAAAAGUAGUCAAAAAUAUAAAUAAUAAAGAACAGAUGCUCCAUAAAACAACUUAAGUAGUAGUUUAAAGUAUUUUUACUUAAGUACUUUACACCACUUGAUUCAAUUCCACACACACACCAGCGGCACAUGACUACGUUAGCUCAUACGCUAGGAGUCAGUCUCUUUCAUCAUGGCUCUGGUGAGACAACAUCAGCACUAAUAAACAAGCACUGCUACACCUCAUUUAGCUUUUCCAGCUGUGUCUGUGUAAGUGUGUAAAUUGUGUGUUCUGCUGUAACUCCAUCCAUGGUGUUGUGAGCUGACAUCUCCCCAGAGAGCUUUCUGCCUUCAGCUGGAACAGAACCCAGCCCCAGCUGUGUGUGUGUGCGUGUGCGUGUGCGUGUGCAUCUGAGUCUGAACAGGCCCCAGCUGUGUGUGUGCUGGCUAAUGUGCACAUAAUGUGUGUGUGUGUGUGUUGUGUUUCUUUGUAGGCAGUGUAUGGGAGGGCAGUAUACGGGUGCUUCUCUCGCGUUCUCUCUCUUUCUGUCUCUGUCCUCUCUCUCUCUAUCACUCUUUUUCUCUUUCUCUCUUUCUG